AUGGGCGGCGAGGGCGGGCCUCGGCUUCCCGGCGGGCUGCGCGGCGGCCGGCGGUUGUCGGCGGGGCAGUCCGGCGGGCAGCGGCGGCCGUUCCGGCUGCGGCACAGCGGCGGGCGAGCGGGCUGGCCCUUCUUUCGUCUGCUGAACUUGCGGAAGCUGGGCCUGAGUGACAACGAGAUCCAGCGGUUGCCCCCCGAGGUGGCCAACUUUAUGCAGCUGGUGGAGCUGGACGUGUCCCGGAACGACAUUCCGGAGAUCCCCGAGAGCAUCAAGUUCUGCAAGGCCCUGGAGAUUGCAGAUUUCAGCGGGAACCCUUUGUCUAGGCUCCCGGAAGGCUUCACUCAGCUGCGCAGCCUGGCUCACCUGGCCCUGAAUGACGUGUCCCUGCAGGCGCUGCCCGGGGACGUGGGCAACCUCGCCAACCUGGUGACCCUGGAGCUCCGGGAGAACCUGCUCAAGUCUUUGCCUGCGUCCCUGUCCUUCCUGGUCAAGCUGGAACAGCUGGAUCUGGGAGGCAAUGAGCUGGAAGUGCUGCCCGAUACCCUGGGGGCUCUGCCCAAUCUUCGAGAGCUGUGGCUGGACCGGAACCAGUUGUCCACACUGCCCCCGGAGCUCGGGAACCUGCGGCGCCUGGUGUGCCUGGACGUGUCGGAGAACCGGCUGGAGGAGCUGCCCUCUGAGCUCGGCGGGCUGCUGCUGCUCACGGACUUGCUGCUCUCCCAGAACCUGCUGCAGCGGCUCCCUGACGGCAUCGGUCGGCUGAAACAGCUGUCCAUCCUGAAGGUGGACCAGAACCGUCUGUGCGAGGUGACGGAGGCCAUCGGUGACUGCGAGAACCUCUCGGAGCUGAUCCUCACGGAGAACCUGCUGACGGCUCUGCCCCGCUCUCUGGGCAAGCUGACCAAGCUGACCAAUCUCAACGCGGACCGCAACCGUCUGGAGGUGCUGCCGCCCGAGAUCGGAGGCUGUGUGGCUCUCAGUGUCCUUUCCUUGAGGGACAACCGUCUGGCCGCCCUGCCGCCCGAGCUCGCCCACACGGCUGAGCUGCACGUGCUGGACGUGGCUGGAAACCGGCUGCGGAGUCUGCCGUUUGCGCUCACCCACCUCAACCUCAAGGCCCUAUGGCUGGCUGAGAACCAGGCACAGCCUAUGCUCCGGUUCCAGACGGAGGACGACGCCCAGACCGGCGAAAAGGUUCUCACCUGCUACCUGCUGCCGCAGCAGCCCCCACCCAGCCUCGAUGAGCCGGGGCAGCGGAGCCCUUCGGAGAGCUGGAGCGACACCCCGCUCGGUCGCGUCAGCGUCAUCCAGUUUCUGGAGGUCCCCGCUUGUGGCGACGACGCCGAGGAAGCUGCUGCUGAGAAGCGGGGCCUGCAACGUCGGGCCACGCCUCACCCCAGCGAGCUGAAGGUGAUGAAGAGGGGUGUCGAGGAACGUCGGGGCGAAGCCUUGGCCUGCAGGCCCGAGUCUGGGCCACCCUCGCCUUUGGAGGAGGAGAAGAGGCUGAGCACCGAGUCUGGCCUGAGCAAGGACUCACAGCCGUCUGAUGGCACGGCCUCCCAGGGUGACCCCGAGGGGCUGCUGACCGAGACGCAGGGGCCGAGCCAGCAGGAAGCCGGCCCGGGCACCCCAGAGGAGCCUGCGGAGGAGACUUACGAGGAGCCCACAGUGCGCUUCGCAGAGGACACGCUGCUGCUGCCCCCGAGGGAAGACGGCGAGAGCGAGGAGGGGCAGUCGGAGGCGCCCUGGCCCCUGCCCAGUGGGAGACAGCGCCUUAUCCGCAAGGACACGCCUCACUAUAAGAAGCACUUCAAGAUUUCCAAGCUGCCCCAGCCCGAGGCCGUUGUGGCCCUGCUGCAGGGAGCACAGCCGGACGGGGAGGGCCCAGCAGGGCCUGGGGGCUGGCACAACGGCCUCCACACAGCCUGGGCUCCUCGGGACGAAGAGGAAGGUGAGAAGGAAGAGGAGGAAGAGGAGGCGGAGGAGGAGGCUCCUCCGGACGAAGAGGAGGCUGAGAAGGAGGCGGCGGAGGAGGCGGCCCUGGUCUCCGCACCCUCCAUCAAGGGGGUGUCGUUUGACCAGGCCAAUAACCUGCUGAUAGAGCCCGCACGCAUUGAGGAGGAAGAGCUCACGCUCACCAUCGUGCGGCAGACGGGGGGACUAGGUAUCAGCAUCGCUGGUGGCAGGGGUUCUACGCCCUACAAAGGGGAUGACGAGGCUGCGCUGCAAACAGGACCCCGUCCUUGUGGCAGGGCGCCGAUGGGGGUGGGCACUGACCUCGGCAGGGGCGGCAGCGUCGGUGUCGAAGCCGUCACAGACGAGCACGGUGAGGGUGUCGCCCACGCCGCGCAGCAGCCGCACGGCCUCGCCGUGUGUCAGGCCCAGCAAGCUCUGCUGGUUCACCUCCAGCAGCCGCAGCCCCACCCGCAGCCGGCCGUCACGCCCCGCUGCUCCCGUGGGGCUCACCUGCAGAGAGACCCGGACCUCGAGGUCUACGAUGGUUCCUCUUCCCCGAGGAACCCAGUGGGGCGGGGCCGGCCGAGGAGGGGCCCUCACCUUGGAAAUGAAGAUGCCCUCGUCUGUGGGGUCACAGGGGUUCCCCGCAUGGCCCUUGGCGCCCCCUCGGAUGCUGAUGCCCAGCUUCUCGCCGGGAGCUUUCUGGAUACAGAGUUCCCGCAUGCCCGGGGGUGGCGGGUCCCUCCUCACAAGCAAGACCAGCUCCAGGCAGGGCCGAAGCAGGGCACUGACCGCCUCCUGGUGCGUGGCCUCCCGAAUGUCCUGCCCGUUCACUGCCAGGAUGCGGUCCCCAACCCGGAGGCCGCUGCGUGCAGCCAGGCCCCGUGGGAGCACCUGUCAGUGGGGGUAGGGGUGAGGUCCGUCCCCGUGCGCGACUGUGCUCCCUGGUCUGAGGGCCCCGCCUCUCUCAGGCCCGCCUGCGGCCUUCUGACUGCCAUGUUCCAGAAGGUGUCCCCGGGUGUCAUUGCCAACCCCUUCGCGGCAGGAAUCGGCCGCCGGAACAGCCUGGAGAGCAUCUCCUCCGUCGACCGGGAGCUGAGCCCCGAGGGCUCUGGCAAGGAGAAGGAGCUACCAGGACAGACCCCACAGUGGGGACUGGAAGCUGUGGGUCGGGGCCCGGAGGGCCUGAAGCUGGACCACCGCACCCUGGCCGCCACGCCCGGCGCUGGCAGCACGCAGAGGAGAACACGGGGAGGGGAGCCGGGGGCGCUGCCCACGGGACAGCUGCCUCGCUAUGGUCCUGUCUGGAACAGCCGGAGGGAAGAUGGCCGAGGCUCCCUGCUCCCCCUCCCCCAGCUGCCAGCAGGCCUGCAGGAGGAGGACGGAGAGGUGGCCGUGGUGCUCCUGGGCAGGCCCUCGCCUGGCCCCGAGGAGGUGACGCUGUGCAGCAGCCGCCGCCCGAUCCGGCCAGGGCGCCGCGGCCUGGGCCCAGUGCCCUCCUAG